CCUGCCGUUGACCUGGGUCAGUGGUGGAGUGGUGUUUGUCCCCACAGUGCUGGGACGUAACAACUGGGGGCUCAUCUGGGAUGAACGUCCACAUGGGGGAAGGGUUGGAUGGAAAGAAAGGAGAUAUAGAAGAGAGAGGAUGAUGAAGAGAAUUUUACAGGGGACCCCUCUCAGAUUUCUGCGAAGUUGUGAACACGUCAGCGCGGAGAAUCUCUUGCUGCGUUCCUCAUGCAGUGGAAGGCAACCUCUGGAGAAAGUACCCAGUUCUGCAGACAUUUUCUGGGGGAUCAGGAGCUUUCCUUCCACAUGAAGGCGCUGUUUCCUCUAUUUCCAGUUUGGUGAGAUGACACAAAAAAGAGGUUCAGCAGCAUGAAUGGGACAGUUUUGUCUCGAAACAGAACACAUUUCCUCUCCUCUAGUACACCUGAGGGCUGGAGUCAGGGAGAGGCCACACACAUGGUUACCCAACACACCACCAGCUGGAGGGGUGCCAGUGAGGAGGAAGACAGAUUUUCUACAUUUGUAACGACACUGGUCCAGCCCACCAGAGGCUCGGAUGAGGAAGUAGCUCCACUGAUUCUGGCGCUGAACAGGAACAGCGAUCGAAUAAAAGUUUCCCCGCAGCCCCCCGCAGCCAUGAAGCAUCGACUGCACUUUGUGGUGGACCCCAUAGGGUGGUUGUGCAUCAGUAUGGUAUUUGGGAUCUGGCUCUACAACACUUUCUUCAUUCCUAAGCUGGUUCUGCUUCCCCACUACAAUGAAGGACACAUCCCCUGGGCCACGGUUGUUUGUUAUUACAUGUCAUCAGCCCUCUGCCUCGCUGCCCUCUUCAGAGCUUCCACAGCAGAUCCCGGUCGCCUUCCUGUGGACCCCCACAUACCUCACUCUGAGCGGGAGCACUGGGAGCUGUGCAAUAAGUGCAACUUAAUGAGACCUAAAAGGUCCCACCACUGCAGUCGCUGUGGCCACUGUGUGCGCAGGAUGGACCACCACUGUCCCUGGAUCAAUAACUGUGUGGGAGAAGACAACCACUGGCUCUUCCUGCAGCUCUGUUUCUACGCUCAGGUGCUAAGUUUGUUCACGCUGGUGUUGGACUUCUGCCAGUACUAUUACUUCCAGCCACUGACGGGACUGGACCAGGAGAAGUUUACAACACGUCACGAACUGGCUCUGCUGCGGGGGUCAGCGGUCAUGGGUAUGGUCAUGUUUGGUGGCAUGACGAGCUUGUUUUACACCCAGAUGACGGGCAUCCUGUCUGAUACUACCACCAUUGAAAAAAUGGCUCAGUUCUCAAGUGAAAUAUAUGGCUCACGGCGGUCCUGGCAGUGGGCACUAGCCGAAGUUUGCGGCACUCGCUGGAAACUCCUGUGGCUCCUCCCGCUCCGAGUCAGGCAGCCGCUCCAAGCCAGCCACCUCUUCCGCACCCACGUGUAGGUCAGCAGCACUACACUACCUCCUGCCUGCACAGAUGCUACAGGCUGCCACAAUGAAACACUGUAUGCACACUUAAAGAAUCCAUCUGCUCGCCUUUACUGUCCUCUUUUGAGCUAUGGGAGCUUGGUUUGUCGGUGGAUACUGGAAGCUUUUAUUUUUGUGUGUUUUCUUUUGUUUUUUUACCUUUCUCUACAAGACCCAGACCGGCAGUACACAGGGUCAACAAACACCUUUGGGAGUGAUGGGAAAAUGUUUCUUUUUUUUUUUUUUUUUACUCACUGUGAUGGCUACUUUCAGCAUUUGGAAAUCUCUUUAAUGGCUAAUUGCAUCAGAAGGAUGGAAGUCUUCACCUGAAAGCUGCUGGUGAAAAGGGACCCCUCUCAGGUUACGUUAAUAAAAAGAGCCUUUACUACUGACCUUUAAUCAACCACAGACAGAACUAGGGUAACUCCGGUGUGUUUGUCAGAAAGGCAAUUUUUUGUAUAAAGUUUGUGCCUUGUUUCUUUUAGCUAUGUCCUUUUUAUUUGUUACACAUGAGCAGUGUUUUUGCUCUGUGUUUGCUGGUUGGUGUUUUUCCAGUUUAGAAUUUUCAUGUGAAUAAGUGAUCUGGCGUCAUCCGCCUUCUGCUAAUCCGUGAUCAUUUAAUUAUUCAUGAAUGUUUCCUCGCAUUGAUCUUUGAACGUUUUAUCUAUGAAGUGAUGUUUUAUGAAGCACGGUCACAGAACAAAGUUGUUAACUUGAAUGCUGAUGACACGUGACCAGCCGGGUGUGAAGAUGUGUAAUAGCAGAGAGUUAACCCUUCAUCAUGGGAAAAAGAAUCCAAAUUUAGAAGCUGUAAAUGUCAUAGACCAACCAAUUGUAUAACCCAUUUGUUUCUGAGUAUAACAAACACUCCACUGCCAAUUAAUAUCAUGAUCCCUUAAAUCUCUCUGUUUAUCUUAAAGGACUAGAGGUCGAGUGGCAGAGUAUAUCCAAACGCUAAGAUGAAGCUGCAGCCAGCAGCUGAUUAGCUUAACUUAUAAAAAUAUAUUUGAAUUUGGACCUUCCCCUAUCCAUUAACACGUAGGACGUGGGUUUAUGACUUGUACUGCAGCAAGCCACCAGGUGGCGAUCGAGACAUUUUGGCUUCACUUUUGGGAAGCAGUCAUGUUGUCCAUCUUCAUAUACAGUCUAUGUUUCAACAUAGACGGAACUUGUUGAUAAGCAUAAUCGCUUUCUAUCUGCAGCUUUACAUUGACAGAACAGACAUGAGAAUGACAUUGAGCCCCUAGUCUAACUUUUAAGAAGAGAGUGAAUUUUGUCUGUUUAGCUUAAAGCUGCUCUAUCAACCACAGCACUUACAAAGCUUUGGCACCAACCUUUGAAUCAAUAGUAAUUUCUUCUUCUCAUUUUAGUGCUGACUCUAUCACAGAAACCAAACACUAGCAGAUUAGAGUGUUGGUGACAUACACCUAGUUAAAUUGACAAAAUGAAAAUGUAUUUAUGAUGUGAAUUUGCUGUUAUUCUAUGGUACCGAUUAGAGAUUUUUAAUGAAUUAUUUCACAGGAUAAGACAAUUCUGCAGAUAUGCUUCAUAAUACUAGCAUAGCGGGGUUGCCAUUGUCUAUAAUACUUGGCAAUCUCUUAUAUAUAAACAAAGCUUUUCAUGUUUUGGAACAAUUACAAUAUCCAAGUAGUAUUAAGUGCCUGUCUAGGUUUUCUUCUUACGCUCACGGUACAUCGUCAUCAUGUUGGUCUCCAUACAAGCCAAAGACCUGGGGAAAUGUUGCAAUAGUCAACAAGCAUUCAGCAAAUGCAUGUUCCACCAUAUUUCUUCAGAGUGGUUCAAUAUUAUGCACUGAUUUUUCAUGUUAGCACGCAGUCUGUUCCACUGCAUCUAUCUCAGAAGAAACGUGUUCACUUGAAGUUGUUUUGUUUGACGUGUACGCUUUGCUCUGUUCAUACCUCGUAAUCGAGUUUCUCACGUUUGCAUGAGUGUGUGUUGAUAACUUUGCUCAGUGGUUUUUAUAAAUCAGAUUCAGGUUUAUGGAUGUUUGUGAAUUUUUUGGGGGGGUUGUGGGAUAAGUGGUGUGAUUGACAGUAAAAGAAGAGGGUACUGCUGAUAAAUAACACUCAAUUUCUUUUAUAUGUUUUUUUUAAAAGCAAUAAGCAUUGUGUGUUUGUAAAGCCAUCUUUAUUGUUAUAAUCGUGAAAUAUCUGAUACUUAUUGUGAAGUAUGUGAACUGGAUGGAAGCAGGGUUUCGCUCAUUACUCAAUAACCCGUAGUAAAUACAUGAUUGUUUGUCAAUACUUCAUUUACCUCAGCCAAGACGACUGUAGCUGCUGUGUGUAGUUGUAAAGCAUAUCUUCCAUUACAAACAUGUCAGCCAUAUUUGUUUGUUGAAUCAGUCAAGAACUACAGGAGACUGAAGGUAAAUAUGGAAAAUAUCGAGGCCGUUAUGUGGCAUCCCCCAGGGCUCUCUGUUAGGAUCUGUUCGCUUUUGUUCACAUUGUUUUAAUGCUGUAUAUAUACUUUUUUUU